AUUGUACGGAAGCGCUCCCGAGCUACACUAGACAACAGGAUGGCAUCGCACCCGGGAGGAGGUGAUCAAGGCAAAAGUAAAGAUGACAUAAUGGAAGUAGGAGCUGAUUUGUUGAAAGAUUUCAUAUACCAGCGGGUUAAAAGGCAUGGAGACGGCAGUACUGCAGUGACCAGAGAACAGCUGGGUGGAGGAGAGCUGUGCGACCCAAAUACCAAGAGGCUUGCCCGAUGCCUGCAGCAGAUUGGAGAUGAGCUGGAUGGAAAUGUUGAGCUCCAAAGGAUGAUAAAUGAAUCUUCACUCAGUCCCACAAAAGACAUGUUCAUUAAAGUUGCCAUUGAGAUCUUUUCAGAUGGAAGAUUCAACUGGGGCAGGGUGGUUGCACUGUUCUACUUUGCUUGUCGACUUGUCAUCAAAGCUCUUGUGACUCAUGUUCCUGAUAUCAUCAGAACUAUAAUCAGCUGGACCAUGGACUACCUCCGGGAAAACGUAAUCAACUGGAUCAGGGAGCAAGGUGGCUGGGAGGGUAUUCGGGCCCACUUUGGCACACCCACAUGGCAGACGGUGGGAGUGUUCGUGGCUGGUGUUCUCACCACUUUAUUAGUUAUUUACAAGAUGUGAGGGCUUUGUGAAGAGCAGACGAGAAAGAUGGGAAGAGGGGUGACUGAGGGGAAUGGGGACAGGAACAAGAACAUGAAAGAACAUGUGAAAGAAAAUGGUAAGAAGUUAUGGCAAAUGGAACAAGAUGAACAAGAAGAGCAUGUAUUUUGACACGAGGAGCCCCUCUUUGUUUCUGCCUCCCUUUCAUUUCCAAGGAUUGGGAGUUAGACUGAACACACUGUCACCCCCAUGAUCCCUAUGCCACUGAGCAAGUGAGCGGAGCAUGAUUACAUGCACAAAGUGGGGUGGUGGAGAGUUUGUCAGACUUGAACAGGGAAUGCAUUUUAAGUAAUUGAUUUUUUUACUCGGUACAAAGAAAAGCCACUGCAUUCUGUUUUUCUGCCCUUAAAGAUAUAUGGACUGAAAAUUUUUGAAGUUAGAGUUUCCUUUAUGCAUUGUUUUUCUUGCUUUUUUUGUUGUUGUUGUUGUUAUUGUUGUUGUUGUUGUUAUACUUCAAUUGCUUCUUCUGAUCUUCCCACUCUCUCCAUCCACCAUCAUGGUGUCUGUAUGCUAGAGAAACAAUCUUCAUAUGUAUUUGUGAGUGUUUUCUGGUGUAAAUCUGUCAUGAUCUGCUGGCAGUGGAUGCCUUAAAGGGUGGUCGCAUCCUGUCAAGUUGAAAAGAUAUUUUUGGAAACAGUUCUUGAAGAAGAAGAUGGUGAUCAACAUGAAGAGAUGAAAGGUCUGAUAAUAUUUGGGCUCAAACAACCCAGGAUAAUUUCUCCCAUUACAUGAGCAGCUCAACCGUAUUUCAGUGGAUAGCAAAAGUGCCACAACAGGGACUUCUGUAAUAAGUUAUCUUUACAUUCAAGAUGAGUCAUCACAUAGCAAAACAGACACAUGAUCUCAGCAAAAUAACAGCAAACUGAAUUGUGAUAAUAUUCUAUUAUUUGGUCCCUUUGGACAUUUCAACCAGCAUUGUGACCUUACUGUGGUUCUCAUUUAAAAAAAAAAAAAAAUCCUGCCUUUUACUGUCUGUGAUGGGAAUGGAGCCACAUCUCUUGAUCUGACAUCUCCUUUGGUUUAUGGAAGAUGUUGCACUGCAGACACAGAAGGCAUCAGAUUUCUCACAGAUGCUUACCUCACUUCACACAUAUUCAAAGUACUGUACGUUUACUUGAGAUAUUCAAACUGCAAUCUUAUCUACACAGCAAAUGGCUUUUUAUACUCAUUUCUUGUUUGUCAGUGCCUUCGUGUUUUGUUUUGUUUUUUCUUUUUUUACUAUGAAAUCACUUUGAUAUUCUCAAAUUUUCAACUUUUUCUAUCACAUUUGUAAAGCUGAAAUUAGUUUCCGGUCCCACUAAAAAUCUUUUGCUGUGUUUCUUGUCUGUUGGAAUAUGGAAUAAAUCUUUUAACUCGGA